AUGGAACUGCCACCAGGUGUCACGCCAGCCUUUUUGGCUGAGGAUCGUAGGCAGCCUGCCUUGAUCGGGAUCAUCUUCGUAACGACUCUCUCGUUCAUCGUAGUGAUGAUCCGACUCUACGUUCGCAAAUUCUUCAUCCGCGAACUGGGAUGGGAUGACUACUUCAUUCUCAUGGCGCAGCUCACGAGCUGGGCGACCAUGGGCCUUUGCAUCAUGAUCCUUCAUUACGGCUCCGGAAAACAUCUUCUCGCUCUUGUCAGUAAGCCAGAAGAACUUGUCAAGAUGUACAAAUGGCUGGUCGCCACGCAGGUCGUGUACAUGUUCAACUUGUGGCUCUGUCGAGUCUCCGGCCUUGCUUUCUAUGCCCGACUCAAUCCCAUGCCGCAAUUCAUCCUAUAUCUUCGCCUCUCCUUCGCCUUCAUCACCGCGGUGUAUAUUGCACAGACCAUGAUUAUCGCUUUGCAAUGCAUUCCGUUGUCAGCUCUGUGGGGAGAAGGCACCGGGAAAUGCAUGGGCUCAAAGGUGGUCUUCAUUUCCACGGGCGCUCUCACAAUUGCUUGCGAUUCGUUGAUUCUCCUCUUGCCGGUGAAAAUUGUGAUGGGCCUUCAGGCCAAGAUGGCCCGAAAAUUAGCAUUGCUGCUCGUGCUUUGCUUUGGUAUCUUUGCCGUGGUUGCUUCCGUACUCCGUCUGAUUGCCAUGAUUGUCUCUGUGCAACACCCGGAUGACGCCACUUGGUACUUCUCCCCCGUGAUUGCAUGGACCUGUGCCGAGAUCAGCGCCGCCAUCAUCGCCCUCUCCCUCCCUGCUCUCCGAGCGAUCUUCGGAUUCUUGAAGGAACAUCGCUCCAAGAACGCCAGCUACUCCAACAGCUCUGAGCCCAUCAGUCUUGACUCGGUCUCCAAAAAGAAGAAGAACAGAGUCUUUCAUGGAAACAACACCUACGAGCAUAUGACGGAGAUUGACGGUGAACGGAGUGCAAGCCAGGAGGUUCUUUGGAAUCAGGACAACAACCAAAAGAUUCGUGUCACGGAUACCGUGAGAGUGGAUGUUCGCGGAUAA